AUGUCCCUAAAAACUGACUUCAAACUACUAGCGAAAGGAUCAUCAAAUGUUAAUCUCCAAGCUCAAUCUUCUGACCUACUCUCACGGGUCCCGCCUGAGAUUACCACAGAAAUAUUUCUGAACGUCUGCGACCGUACAAUUCCCCCUACACUGGCCAAAACUUCUCCUAAAUUUGAUCUCCUGAGGGUGCCUUUGCCAAUUGUGUAUCCGUUAAUGCUGGGGAAAAUUUGCAAAGAGUGGCGGAGGAUAGCAUGGGCAUGUCCUCUCCUCUGGAACGUCAUCCACAUCCCAUUGAGCCUGCGCAAAUACCAGCAGCAGAUUCUUCUCCUUUCCCAAUGGCUCGAGCGCUCAGCUGGCUGUGCGCUCUCCAUCUACCUCGAGAUGCACGACGGCGAGGGAUUGUGGUGCGGAAGCGACUAUCUCCGCAGCCUUUUUGCACUUCUGGUUGAACAUUCCGACCGAUGGGAGCAUAUCGAUAUCUUCCUGCCCAAGCCAUCGAAAGGAGUUCUCAGUGGUGCCUGCCUGCGUGUACCCUUACUCCGCUCGGCGUGCAUACGCGCAUUGAAUAGCGUCGACGUUCCCCUCGAAUUUCUAGAGUGCUCUCCGAAUCUGCGUUCUCUCGAGCUAAAGAGAAUUUCACCGAAAGGGGUCGACUGCCAGAAUCUCACUCGACUUGUUGCUAGCUUCGUAUCCACCACCGACAUCCUGUUCACUCUGCAAGCCGCACCAAAUUUGCAGUACUGCGAGCUGAGUAACACGUAUGGUACGCCUGACUCCGCGCUCCCUAUACUUCAGUUUUGUUUGCCCGCUCUCAAGACGUUAAAGCUCCGGGACUGUCAUUCCUCUGCACUUUGGCCGCACUUUGGUAUUGCACCACAGCUACGAGAUCUUGAAAUAUCUGAAUGGAACGACCAACUUGACCUAGAAGCGAUGUCGUCUUUCCUGAGUCGCACACAGUGCCACCUGCAAAAUUUGGCCAUCGCUACUGGAGACAGUAUGGAUCAGACAGGGCUGCAAAAUCUUCUGCAGGCUCUCGAUUCUUUGGUAUCCUUGGAGUUUCAUUAUCUGUUCGUUCGCGAUGACACGCAUCUUUUUCGUUCCUUUCUGGAGAUGUUUGAGCCAGAUAGUGGCCACCCCUUAAUUGAUGCGCAGAAUGAUGAUGCAGCAGCAGCAGACGACCAGGAAGACAAGUCCCAAAAAGAGGCGUCGAUAUUUUUGCCCAACCUCCGAAAGCUUGGGUACCAACUACCCCUCAACACAGACGAAGCCGACCUCCAGAAGCUGAUCGCAAUCAUCACCAAAAGAUGGAAGCAUGGCGAUCCUACACCUACCCGCAGAUGCACAGCUGAUCAUUCAAUUUCAGGCGGACGGAAGCGUUUUGCCCGACUGGAGGCACUGCGCUUCGAUCCCUCGAUAUCCACUUCUCAGAUACUUGAUCCUCUUCGGAAAGAAAUGGAAGGUGGAUUAAAAAUUACAUUCGACCUCCCCUUUAUAGAUUCUGAAGAUGAGGAUCCAUGA